AUGCCUUUAUACUGUCUCAGCAGCAACUCCUCCACGAAAGAAAAGGAUGCGCCGAUGCCUGCGCGCAGGCGAUUGAAACCUCCAACUCCACAAGGGCUUCGGUUUCAUCCUCACGAUGGCUCUGAAAAGGCCCAGGAACGAGACUUCGUAGAACUGUCGAAUGCGGCGCUGGGAAGUCCACUACCCCUACAUCUGUAUCUGGAUGAAUUCCAGAACUGCUUUGCAACGGCCCACGUUGAUAAAUUCUUUGACAACAUCAUCGCUGCCUUUAGGGCGGUUGAACAGACCAUGGCACGCGACCUUGCUGUGAGACUCAUUCGGGCUGUUGCCCAGCUAUGGAACGAUACUUUUACCAGAGGUUCUACUAACAGAGCAAGAGUGAGCGCAAAGAUUUCAUAUCGGAAGCUCACGGGAACAGCUGGCUUUAAAAGGCAGCUUUACUACCCAUAUUGGUUCUUCAUGGCUGUAUGGCUUGGUCCCGGCCAUCCGCUUCUCCAAUCCAUCCGCAAAGACAUGUCGAAUCUCUGGGGCGUCCGGUUCCCGACCGACGCCAUCAUGUAUCCCAAGUUUGUUCCCAUCGAAACCCAGAUGAGCUUAUUCUACGGAAAGCCUGCCAAGCCCACUACACCCAAGGAAGCUUCCAUUGAGGAGCGAGCAAAAGCUAUCAAGAAAACGAUCAACGACUCGACAAUCAAUGGCCUCAGCGCUGCUAUCAAAGGACACCUUCCAGAUGAUCUAGACGGGCUUGGAAACAGCACCAGAGUGCACGAAUUGGAGACCAAUCUUGCCUCGACAAACCGCGACCUUGAAGAGGCGAGGAAGAAAGUCACAAACCUCGAGAAAGAACUUGCCGAGUCCAAAACACUCCAAGCGAACAUGAACAGCGAACUACAGAAGACCAAAAACGACAUGGGAACCCUCCGACAAGAGAUCCAGCUACUCAAAACCGCUCAGGCCGAUAACGUCAGGAAGGACCUUGAAGUACUCCGGGCGACAGUCACCGGUAUGGAAGCCAAGGUCCUCAAGGGGGAGAGGGACAUGAUUACCUUGCGCAAUGAGGUCGCUCAAUCAGCUGAGAAGGCAGAAAAGGCGGUAGAGACUGGGGCUUUAGUCUUGAGCGUUCUGUCAGCUUCUGGAGGUCAGAAGCGAAAGAGGGAUGAGAUUUCUUGA